AUAGUCGACACAAUAAAUGAUUAUAUGUUGGAUUUAAUUCCUGGUGAAGAGAAAACAUAUUUGAGUUAUGAUAAUCCACUCACACAAAAUGUAGAUGGUCAAACAGUGGAUGAUGUUCAUACUCCCGAAUUUUUGAACACGAUUUCUACGUCAGGACUUCCAAAUCACAAGUUGAGACUUAAAGUUGGAGUUCCAGUUAUGCUAUUAAGGAAUUUGAAUCAAAAAUUAGGAUUAUGCAAUGGAACAAGACUUAUUAUUACGAGAUUGGGAAAACGUGCUCUUGAAGGAAAAAUUAUUUCAGGAAGUAAUAUUGGUGAUCAGGUUUUCAUACCUAGAUUUUCUCUAACACCAUCUGACGUGAGAAUUCCUUUUAAAUUUCAACGGAGACAAUUUCCUAUAAUGAUUUCUUUUGCGAUGACUAUUAAUAAGAGUCAGGGACAAUCUUUAAAGCAUGUUGGGAUAUAUCUUCCGUCGCCGGUGUUUUCACAUGGUCAGUUGUAUGUUGCAAUUUCAAGAGUUACUUCUAGAAAAGGAUUGAAAAUAUUGAUCAACGAUGACGACGGUGAAGAUACGACUAAGACUUCGAACGUGGUCUAUAAGGAAGUCUUCCGUAAUAUAACAUAA